UCAAACGACAGUAGAGCUUGUAAGUAAAACGUUAACGUGUCUAAUUUAUUUGGUAGUUUGCGACUUUUUUAUUAAAAUAUAAUUUGAUUGCGAAAAGUUAAAAAUUAUUGAAUUAAAUUUCACUGAAAUAUUGAAUAAACAACGGUAUGCCUCUAUAAGGUAUCGAAACGGUGAAUAAUUUUCUACAAUAUCAAACACAUACCAAAAAUAGUAACAAAGUCUUUGUGUUAACAAAACUGCGCUAUGUGUAUGGAAUAGUGGCUAGUGAGAGUGCGUUGCGUGUGAAUACAUAUAAUAUUUAUAUGAAUUGGUCUGUGUGAAUUGACGUUAUAAACAUAUGGAAAUAAAGUUGUGUUACCAGUGAAUAUAGUCAACCCUUUUCAUGGAAUGUUGUAACUUUUGGUUCAUCGCGUUGGCCAAUACACCGUGGCGACGUCGAUGCUGCUGUUAGCAAGAAUCAAACAAGUGGGACUCAGUGCAUUACUAACAGCGCUGCCCAAGCGAUCGCAGUCGUGAAUUUAAAUGUGUCACAGUUUGUGUAUGUGAUUGUGCUUUUGUAAUUCGUAAUGUUAAACUUAAAGAAAACGCUGUCAACAAAGGCGAUUUUAACGCUAUUUUGGGCGUUGCCGCAAAUGCUUACGGUGCUCCGGUUCUACAAUUUCGCUUGAAACAGAGAUAUUUAGUUACGAUAAGAACUUUUUCCAUUCACUCGAAAUACUAGUUAUUUAUAAAGCUAUCAGUCUGAUUGUAAUAAACGACAAAAGGCGUCAGACCUUUUCAAAAUAUAUAAUAUGUUCACUAAAAAUAAAAGGACACAUAUAUAUACCAAAAAACGGAUGUGUAGAAAUCACCACAUAAUCGACAAUGAAGCCCAAAAAACUGUCGCUCAAUUGUCUAGAAGUACAAAAGUCAUUCGAAUUCAAAAUUUUAAAUAUCGUGAUAAACUGAAGAUUACUACAAUGUUAGUCAUAGCUUUCUAUUUAGUAUUAAGCAACGUUUGUGGCAUCAACGCGCAAACUCGCGAUCCACGGUUCUUUUCACGACCCGGCGUCAAUGAUUAUAAUUGGCCGAAUCCAGGUGAUCCAGAUUACAGAACAUACAUAUUUAAUGAUCGCCGGUAUGGACAUUACUUACCUAACGGUUACGGUACGAACUAUCCUGGUAGAAAUUCACCUGGGCAAUAUCCACAGGGCAUGCCCAACGAAGAUCGAUUUCGAUUUGAUCCGAAUAACMCGAAUGCAGCGCAUACGCCCUUCCCUGGAAUUUUGGCCGGCUGGCGUGAAGAUUUACAGGGCAAACAACGACGUGACUCGCUGACAUUAGAUCGCGAUGUAUUUGUCACGACCAAUUAUGGCCAAGUGCAGGGCUUCAAAGUUUACAUGUAUGACAACCCUGAUCCCAAAUCAUUCUACAGGCCAUACCAUUCAACUAUCGAUCGGGUGAUGGGCGAAUGUUCGGUUUUCUUGGGCAUUCCUUACGCCUUGCCCCCCACAUUCGAAGGUCGCUUUAAGCCACCUCGCUUGCACCGUGGAUGGCAGUUGUUACAAGCUGUUGACUAUGGACCUGCAUGCCCACAACCGGUACGGUACACUGGCGCUACCAAGGGUAUUAUGGAUAUGGAUGAAGACUGCCUUUACUUGAAUAUUUUUUCCCCAAAGACUGGUGCUGGCGUCGCUCAAAAAUAUCCCGUUAUGGUGUAUAUUCAUGGAGGAGAAUUCGUGCAUGGCGCUUCGAAUCACUUCCAAGGUCAUAUUCUCGCUUCCUUCUAUGAUGUGAUUGUUGUGACUAUAAAUUAUAGGCUGGGUGCGCUUGGCUUUUUAUCCACCGCUGAUGAAAACUCGCCUGGCAACUAUGGCAUAUUAGAUCAAGUUAUGGCGCUGAAAUGGAUAUAUGAUAAUGUUGAAUUCUUCAAUGGUGAUCGUGAUUCGAUUACAUUGUUUGGUCCUGGUGCAGGAGCAGCCUCAGCUGGGCUGUUAAUGGUUGCACCGCAAACUAAGAACAUUGUGAAAAGAAUUAUUGCCCAAUCAGGUGCAGCCAUGGCCGAUUGGGCGCUAAUUCAAGAUAAAUAUCGUGCACAGAAUACCAGUCGUGUAUUGGGGCAACUACUAGGCUGUUCCAUCGAAUCGUCUUGGAAAUUAGUAAACUGUCUACGCACUGGACGCAGCUUCUAUGAGCUAGGCAAUGCGGAGUUUCCCCCCCAAGUGGGCACUUUUGCUUGGGGUCCAGUUUUGGAUCACAAUUUCACAAUCCCUGGUGAUGAUUGGUAUGAAGGUUGGCGAGAAAAAGACUGGCGGUUCCUUACACAAACGCCAGAAAGCCUCAUACGUCAGGGUCACUUUAAUCGUGGUAUACAAUACAUGACGGGAGUGACGACGCAAGAGGCAGCCUUUUUUGUAGCACAAAAUGAAUCGUUAGCACCUUAUUAUGAAAUCGAUGGCAAUUUUUUUGAUCAAAAAAUCCGCGAACAUGUCUUUCGCUAUAAUUACACACUGAACCCAAACGGCGUCUAUGAAGCCAUCAAAUAUAUGUAUACCUAUUGGCCAGAUCCGAACAAUAAUUCCAUAAUACGUGAUCAAUACAUUAAUAUGCUUUCCGAUUUGUACUACCGAGCUCCGGUUGACAAAAUGGUAAAAUUACUUUUGGAACAGCGAAUACCAGUAUAUAUGUAUGUUCUAAAUACCACUGUGGAGGCUUUAAACUAUCCACAAUGGCGCAAAUAUCCGCAUGAUAUAGAACACUAUUUUCUUACCGGCGCACCUUUCAUGGAUAUUGAGUUUUUUCCAAAAAGAGAUCAUUUACAGCGGAAUGUGUGGACCGACAACGAUCGCAACAUGAGUCAUUUUUUCAUGCAAACCUAUUCAAAUUUCGCUAGAUAUGGCAAUCCAACGCCUCAACAAGUAUUAGGUUUGCAUUUCCAACGUGCCUACCAAGGUGAACUCCGAUAUUUGAAUAUUAAUACCACUUUCAACUCAUCAAUUAUGCUCAAUUAUCGCCAAACUGAAUGUGCAUUUUGGACACAAUAUUUGCCAACAGUAAUCGGCGUGUUGGUGCCUACUUAUCCGCCCACAACAGAAUUUUGGUGGGAGCCUAAAGAGCCUUUGCAAAUUGCUUUUUGGACUAUGUCCGUAGCAUGCUUCUUCCUCAUCGUUUUAGUGGUGAUCUGUUGUAUUAUGUGGCGCAAUGCCAAAAGGCGAUCAGAUUUUUAUGAUGACGAUGUUUUUAUAAAUCCUGACGGUACAGAACCGCCUGAUGACGAGCAAAGCGGUGUAGACAAUGCACACAUGGUAGCCAAUCAUCACGCGUUACGGUCCCGCGAUAAUAUUUACGAAUAUCGAGACUCCCCGUCAUCCAAGACGCUUGCGAGUAAAAUUCAUACCGAUACAACAUCUGUUCGAUCUCCCAGCUCGUUGACUAUGACACAUAAAUCGGGAAGCCAAUCGUCAUUAAAAUCGGCGAUUUCAUUAAAGGAAACAAACGGUGACACAUUGACCAGUAACUUGAGCAAUACUCGCACCACUCGUCCGGUUGCUCAAAAUAAUGGUGUUGUCUCCAUCACACAACAACCAAAAAAAAUCGAAGAAAAAAGGUUAUUAACACGUGAGGGAGUAACACCUACACCAAUAUCGAGUACUCCUUUAAUAACAACAACAACUGCCACGAUUUCAGCCGCAUCAGAGUCUGGAAGUUAUAAGCCUAAAUCUACUGUAAACAUACCCUCCACAAGCACAGCACCCAGUAGUGCCGGCACUGGCACUAGUCGUAGCACAACGCCUGUGCCCAGCACACGUACACUCCCCACAACAACUAUAUUAACAACGGCACCGCAGUUGCAACGCUUAGGACAAAUGACGACAUCUGCUCAAUCGCAGACAAAGCCUCAAGCCAGAACACAAGUUAUUGAAGGUGUGCCACAAACAUCUGUUUAGGAGAUACAUAUAUCAAUAGGUGGGGGCGACGGUCAGUUGUUAUAGAUAAAGCUAUUGUAACAAUCAGUUAGUGAUAUAAAAUGGUUUGAUAUUUCUAUAUGUAUUAUUUAAUAUGCAAACAUUUCUCGAUAAAAUAUGACAUUUGAUUAA